AUGGCCACGACCAACCUUGUUCCUAUCGGAGGUUUACCUCCCAUGCAUCUUGAGAGAAUCUCAAAUAUUGUGCGAAAUCUGUUCCGUCUCGAGGUUACCGAGCGGACGUUUCGCCAGAUAUUUGACGAUGCCCCCGUGCAGUCAUCGAAUCCCUUCAACCGCCAAUAUCGAAAAGUUGAACCGUCAGAAGAGAGCCGUAUCGAGUACAGAAAACUUGUGGAGGAGCUUGAGCUUAUCCUUAUCGGAACAGAGAUUGGUGCCGAUAUCUUGCACAGAUACAUCAAUGAAACGGAAAAUGUGCUGGUGGAGUUCGAAGUACUUAUCGAAAUCCUUCGCGCAAUUUCAGGAGAGUCAUAUAAACAUGUUAGACAUAGUACUACUACUAUGCCAACAAUACCUCCCCUCUAUCACCACAGUUAUACUGAGCUCACACGUUAUGCAAAGCUUCAGUCAUCUUCUUUUGAGAAGUGCACUGUUGGAUUCUGGGCAGAAACACAAAUUUUAUCCGGGGUUGUACAUUUUGAUCGGGGAGAAAGUGGGAACGAGAUGCUCGAUGUGUAUGUCCACCCAGAUAAGGACAGAAAAUUGUACAAAGUCGAUAAAGCUGAUAUCAUUCAGUUGAUGCGGCAUUUGUCCGAAGAUGGGUUUACCUCAGCGCAGUCAUUACUACGGACGACUUACGACCCAAUCCCGGUGUCUGAUGCCCAGCGUAAAGGAAUCUACAGAGUGAAAAAUCUCGCCAACUCAAAUUUUUAUAACCUCUUACCGUCAUCUAUUACAGCAUCAGGCUUUCCGCGGUGUGUGAUACACGCUACAGAAGAGCUCCGUGAAGUGAUACCGGAAAACUACAUUCCAGAGUAUGGGGAAUUCUCAGUAGCGGAUUGGGUUGCCUAUCAGAAAGCCAGGCGUGGGAUGCAAUAG